GACCACAGAGAUGCUGGCGUCGGUGAGUGCGCGCAGCGAACGUGCCCACAACGAGACGGUCUUCCUCAUGGGACACUUCCACCAGCAACACGUGAUCGGGAACGGCGAGCGAAGCACCAUGAAGUUCCGAGCUGGCUACAAAUACAAGAUCGCCACCUACCAGACCAACAGCCAUUCCCUGCCGUACCCGUAUGAGACGAUGUGCAGCGACUACGUGACGCUCUCCAAAAAGCUUGGCUACAAGCACUACAUCAUGCAGUCAGAGGAAUGUUCGGAAAACUGUCUCAUGGAACACUGGCUGCAAAACUGCCGUUGCAGCUCGAAACUAUACGGCCUGCGACACGAAAGGCACAGGGACCUGUGCGACAUCUUUGAUCACGUUCAAUGCACCCACCUGAUGAAGGUAGGCCAGUGGAGACCAAAGUGCCUUGCGAGCUGUACCCAGCCUUGCCAGGAGAUAAGGUACAAGACCUACUCUAAUGUGGUAGGCAAGAUAAAGAAAAACGCUAGCAGGCUGAACGCUGUUGAAUUAGUCAUUCAGAUGGGCUCAGACAGACGAAAAACAGUCCGUGGCUAUCCUAGAAUGGAGAUCCCAGGCCUCAUCACCUAUGUUGAAGGCCACAUUGGCAUGUGGCUCGGGCUUUCCAUACUGGCCAUCUCGUCGGCCAUCGUCAAGUUUCACCAAAGAGUUGUGCAGCACUUGUUAUCAACCAAGUGAAUGGAAGUUGAUGUAUAGACGAGUGCAAUGGGAGGGCACACACACUCGCACAAAGAGACCGACAGAGGGUGCACUGGAGACACCAAACUUCCAGGAAGCAGAGAUUAAAAGGAUUUCUUGUGGUGCCGAGUGUAUAAAAGUGAUUAAAAAAAUGUUUGCAUGCACAACAGGCUUGACGUUGUGGAGUUGGGGGGGGGGAGCAGACAAUGUAUAGGUUUAACAAGAAUAUGUGCAACAAGCUAUGUUUUCCAAGCACACUCUUGCUGAAAGCUCUACUUAAAACAUUGGUUUGUUAUGCAAACUCUGUUAUUCCGUCAUGUAUACCACAGCACCACUCUACUAACGACUCCUGUUAUUCAAUUGAAGCUCCAGAAUGCUCAGCUAUCAUUUAAUAACGAUUUUAAGGCCUCAAAAAACAA